CGCUUAGUUCUUAUGUUACGUUUUUAAAAUCGCGGAAGUCCUGGAACUGUGUUUUGUUUUGAGCUGUUCGAAGCUCAAAUACAGUAUUUUAAAGAAUUUCUUUAAUGUUGUCAGCGAUUUAUAAAGACUGAACAAGCAGUGACAAGAACCUGAAUAAUGGAGGACGACGCUCCUGUCAUUUAUGGUCUCGAAUUUCAGGCACGUGCACUCACAGCCCAGGCAGCUGAGACUGAUGCUAUUCGUUUCCUCGUUGGAACACAGUCACUUAAAUUUGACAAUCAGAUCCACAUCAUUGACUUUGAUGAUGAGAAUAACAUCAUUAAUAAGAAUGUCCUUCUGCACCAAGCUGGGGAGAUAUGGCACAUUGGCGCCAGUCCUGCAGAUAAGGCUGUGCUCACCACCUGCUAUAACAAGACCAGUGACAGCAGGGUGGUGUCCUGUGCAGCAGUAUGGAGAAUGCCUUCCGACUGGGACAUGGGAAGCCAUGAGUCACCUGACGACUCCGCCCACAACCCCCAAACCCUGGAGCUGCUCUGUCAUCUAGAUGACAGCACCCACGGAAACGUUGCGUGUGUGCUGUGGGAGCCCAUGGGAGAUGGCAAGCGUGUGAUUUCAUUGGCUGAUAACCAUGCGCUGCUCUGGGACCUGCAGGAGAGCGCCACACAGGCCAGGCUAUCCAGCACCGCCACCCUGGAGGGGAAAGGUCAGCUCAAGUUCACCUCUGGCAAGUGGAGCCCCCACCACAACUGCAGCCAGCUCGCCACGGCGAAUGACACGGCCAUACGAGGCUGGGACCUUCGCACCAUGAGUCAGAUCUAUUGUAUCGAGAACACCCAUGGCCAGCUGGUGCGUGACCUGGACUUCAAUCCCAACCGCCAGUACUACCUGGCCAGCUGUGGAGACGACUGCAAGGUCAAGUUCUGGGACGUACGCAAUGUCCAGGAGCCCGUAAAAACCUUGGAGGAGCACUCGCACUGGGUGUGGAGCGUUCGCUACAACCACAGUCACGACCAACUAGUGCUGACUGCUAGUAGUGACAGCCGCCUAAUCCUCUCCAACAUGGUGUCCAUCUCUUCGGAGCCAUUCGGACACUUGGUGGAUGAUGAUGAGCUCAGCGACGGGGAGGAAAACCACCAGGAAGACAAGAGUAAGGAGCCCCUGAAAGACAGUGUGGUGUCCACCUACGAGGAGCACGAGGACAGCGUGUACGCAGCAGAGUGGUCGUCAGCUGACCCCUGGCUCUUUGCCUCGCUCAGCUACGACGGACGUCUGGUCAUCAACAGGGUCCCCCGAGCCCUCAAAUACCGCAUCCUGUUGUGAGAGGGAGGGGGGACCGGUGACCACGGUGUGUGCGUUUGUGUGUGAGAUGUAAUAAUCCUGUUUACACUAAUCAUUGUAAAAAAAUACUGGAUGGUCGCCUUUGAAAUAAAAGAAUGAAUCUACAUGGAUGUUGGUCCUCGUCUC